AUGCUCACGUAUCGGAAGUCAGAUGAGUUAGAGAUCAUUGGGUAUAUUGAUUCCGAUUAUGCUGGAUGCAAAGAUACUAUGAAGUCAACGUCAGGUUAUGUGUACUUGUUGGCUGGAGGUGUCAUUUCUUGGAAGAGUGCUAAACAGUCCCUCAUAGCAUCUUUCACUAUGGCUGCAGAAUUUAUAACUUGUUAUGAAGCAUCCAACCAAGGAAUUUGGCUGCGAAAUUUCAUCACAGAAUUACGUGUAGUGGAUGGUUUUGAAAGACCACUUAAAUUAUUCUGUGACAAUAAGUCAGCAGUCUUAUAUUCCAAUAACAAUAGGAGCUCAACCAAAUCUAAACAUAUAGAUAUCAAAUUUCUGGCUGUUAAAGAAAGAGUACAGAAUGGACAGUUAUCGAUAGAACACAUCGGGACAAACUCCAUGGUUGCGGAUCCGCUUACUAAGGGAUUGCCACCCAAAUUGUUUCAUGAACAUACUACUCAUAUGGGUGUCGUGUUAUUAAAUGAUGAUCAACUGGUUCGGAAGGGGUCACCCACUGGCAAUUUCUCGGUGUCAGUGGCUUUGGAGGAGCUUCGCCAGAAGAGCAAUGGAUCGCAGAUAAGCAAGUACAUCUGGAGUUCUGCUUUACCAAAGAAGCUCUCUUUCUUCGUCUGGCGUUUGGUGCUCUUGCUGCGGAAGGGCUCGGGAAACAGGGGAACAUCUAUUUGGGUCUGGGCCAGUGGCCUCUUCUAUCUGGGGUCAUUUUGGCAAACAAUUCGGGAUUUUGAGGAGGGGGUUCCACGGGAUUUCCCCCUGCUAAUGUCAUGGUUCUUGUCCCAUCGGAUGGUGAACGAGAACCAUAUACGGGUGAUUAUUCCUAUGGUGGCUCUGUGGUUUAUCUGGCGAGCUAGGAAUCAUACGAGGUUCGAGGGAUCGAGGAUGAGCGCGGAGAGUAUUAUAUGGCAAGUGGGAAACCUAAUAGAGCAAUUGGGGGACUCACAGAAGCUAGGGCGCUUGUUUCGGGGAGACGGGGAUUGUGUCUGGGCUAGAGGGAGGCGUGCGGCAGCAGUGCGGCGGCCUUACCUGGUGGCAUGGGUCAAACCUCUUGCGCAUUAUCUGAAACUGAACACGGAUGCGAGUGUCACUGCAACUGGAGCGUUUGGAGGAGGCGUAGUCCGGUCCAACGAAGGGAAGAUGAUCUUUGCCUUCUACAAGGAGUUCGGGGAGGCGAGUGUGGUACAUGCUGAGGCACUGGCUCUAUUGGCAGGGCUAACCUAUUGUCAGGAAAGGCAUCUAACAGGGGUAAGGGUAGAGAGCGAUUCUGAGGCUCUCGUUCGAAUGGUCGCCUCGGAGGCUUUGGCAUGCUGGCCGCUAUGCAACGCUCUGCGGAGGAUACGAUCUAUACUGACGAAUCUGGAAGCGACACUCAGUCACGUUUAUCGUCAAGCGAAUAUGGUCGCUGAUGCAAUUGCUUCGGCUCAUUUGGGCCACGAUGUGUUGUACAAUGAGGAAGCAUCUCUGCCACGUAGGAUUAAAGUUCUCUUGGGGUUAGACAGGCUAGGGGUCCCAUAUAUCAGGCAUUAG